CACGCCAAGCCGACCGCUUUGAGGACAUGGCGCAAUCAAACCCCGCAAUGUCACCACUAUGGCUAUGGAUGAUCCCUAGCCCAGCAUGGGAUAUCUGCUGUGUAAACGACUCGUAUAAAUACAGGGCCAGCAGGGUACUCGAGCGUGUAUUAAGACCACCUAACAAUUCAGUACCCUAGAUAUCAAUCAGAAUGUCGACCAAUGGGGAACAAAACCUCGAGCAGGGUAACAAGGCGUACGCUGCGUCAUUCACACAGGGCGACCUAGCGCUUCCACCUAGCCAAAAUUACGCUGUCUUGACGUGCAUGGACGCCCGCAUCGACCCUGCCGCCGCGUUCGGUAUACCUCUUGGAGCCGCCCACGUCAUACGCAAUGCUGGAGCCAACGCCCGCGACGCCUUUCGCUCCAUCGUCAUCUCGCAACAACUUCUGGGCACCACCGAGGUGCUGGUAGUCAAGCAUACUGGCUGCGGUAUGCUUAUCUUUGAUAACGAGACUGCAAAGGGUCUAGUAAAGAGGAAUAAGGGUGAAGCAGCAUUAAAGGAAGUGCAAGAUAUUGACUUCCUUACAUUCUCUGAUCUCGAGGCGGAGGUCAAGAAGGACGUGGAGUGGCUGCAGAGCAGGGCUGUUGAGACCGGCAUCAGGUUCACAGGCUGGAUCUACGAGGUGGAGACAGGCAAGGCACGGAAGGUCGUGUAGGCCAUACAGACACACCUCCAUGUAAUUAGAUACCCUCGGAAAUUCAGUCUAGUCCUCG